GUCUCGUCGGCGCCGCCGCCCCCGCGGGCGCCGACGCCGAGUGGCUCCGCGGCGCCUUCAUGGCGGAGGUAUGGGCGCUCCUGCGCUGCAUGCCCCGGGUCGCCACGGAGGAGCAGUUCACGAUGACGUUCGCGUGGAUGAGCCGGUUCAAGCGGCGGUGGGCAGGGGUGCCCGCGGGUUGCGACCUGAGCGCCGCCAAGAGGGAACUGCUGCGGUUCACCAACCUCGUUCCCUGA